CAAAAACAGUUGAAUGUCUGCACAUGCGUAUUCAGGACAUGCUGUAGGAGUGAAAUGGCCAGAUACUACAUCACCCACUACUGGAAACAGUCGGACAGUGUAUGUUGGCGAUACGAGAUCCGGACGACUAUGGCGACCUUUGGAGUGGAAAAAGAUUAUGGCUGGAUAUAUUCGUAAUGGAACAUUGCUCAAACUAUGUAAUUCAGCUCCAGUAGUGCGUCAAGGAGUCCUCAAAACUCUGUAUAAUAAAUCGUCCAUGUUGGGUAAUAUUCAACCGUUGCAGUCAAGACAGGUCGCAUUUGCCUGUUUGUGCACGAGUCGUGAAAUGGCAAGUCUUCCGCUUGGCUCAGAUCCGCCCACUCCAUCUGUGUUUUACUCUUAUGUUCUUUGCGCCAUUGAUCAGCGUGGUCAUAUCUACAUUGUAGACUUUGUUGCAAAUCGAUUUUGGACUGUUGCCAGAACAGGCGUGGCUGCUACUGCUUGUUGUUUCAAUUCUGUUAGAAGACGUGAAAUCAUCAUUGCCAUGUCCGAUAAAAGCAUUCAUUGCUACAAUAUUGAUACGUGUCAGUUGGUUGCAAAGUUACCAGUCGCUCAUCAGCAUUUUGUACAUUAUAUUGCUGUUCAUUCUACACGACCCUUGUGUAUCACUACCUCGAGUGCCGAAUCCAUUCUAUGGAAUACUGAAACUUGGGAACGUGCUUGCUUUUCCAAUGACGAUUCUCUCAAUCUACAGUGGAAAAUCACCUUGGAUCAAAUGUCUAGUGUGACUCCUGGCACUGAACUGGAUUCAAAUGGAUUACUAAAAGCAUUAAGAGUAUCAUACUUUGAUAUGGUCAAAGGGUGUGAUUUGCUUGCGUAUGCCGGGUUAUCUUCAACCGUGUAUGUGUGGAAUUUGGUUGAAAAACGACUUUUGCACGAGAUUCUUGUUCCUGCUUUCAGAGAUACUUAUAUCGCUCAAUUGGCAUUUGUCGGGUCUACCAAUAUUCUAGCAAUUUUGUCCAAUACAGGAAUGCUGAUUUUUAUUGAUGCUGCCGAGGCAAAGUUUGUUGGCCACGUUCAAGGAAAACAUCAGUUUAAUUCGUUUGCCAUUUCACCUGAUGGAUGUGUUUUGAGUUGUGUGCUGAUGGAUGCAAAAUACAUUGUUAGUACAGUGCGGUUGGAUGAGAUUCUUUACCCAAAUACUCGACAUACGGAUAUAGAACACACUGAAUUUGAUGAAAAAGUCAAUGUUUUUCAAUCAACUGAACCAACCAAACCGCCUGUUACAGAAAUCCAGCCCAAAACCUUUUACGAAUUGAUUGAAUCCAAGGAAGAAUCAUGCGUGUUAAAUCGGCGUAAACUAGGAAAAUUUCUAGCACAUUAUGGAGAAUACCCGAGUAAAUACAGAGCUCUUAUUUGGCGAUUCUUGCUAAAAUUACCAGAAAAUAGAGCUGGAUAUGAGGCUUUGCUUGAUCAGAACGUACAUCCAAACUAUAAAUCUUUUCGAAAGUCUUUUCCACUUAAAAGCGAUCGACAGGCCAAAUCUAUGGAACGCAUACUUUCCAGUCUUGCUUUUUGGUCACCGAUUUUUGGCAAUCUUGAUUACCUUCCAGCCAUGAUCUUUCCUUUUGUAUUGCUCUUUUCACACGACAUUUUUUCUGGAUUUGAAGUCAUUAUGACUGUCCUUCUCAAUUGGUGCCAAAAGUGGUGGGAGUACUACCCCAAUCCGCCCAUUGAUUGUCUCGAUAUGGUUGAAGAGCUUCUUGGGUUCCAUGAUCCAGAGCUUCUAUCUCAUUUUGUCCAACACAACGUCACCAGUCAAACCUAUUGUUGGAUCAUGAUGCAAUCACUCUUUUCCGAAUUGUUUUCCAAUCCAGAUUGGUUAAAACUAUGGGAUCAUCUUUUGACUCAACCACCUUCUUUCAUGUACUGCUUUAUCGUGGCUUAUAUCACCACGCUACGCACUCCUUUGUUAUCCAUCAACAAACAGCAAGAUUUCAAAUUUGUGUUCCAACGACGAAGCCCUAUUUUAUUAACUCGGGUUAUCCAAGAAGCGUACAGAGUGCAAAGCGUAACACCCGAAAGAAUAUCACCUCGAACGUUUCUAAAAGGGUUUGAACCUUGUCUAAAAGGUGCCUACCCUGUCUUUAACGCAUACCCUGAAUUCAUUGUCAAUUACCAAACCCAGAUGAAAGAGAAAAUUCGUAGUGACGAAGCAGAAUAUUUAAGCAAACGGAAAAUGGCAGAUGAAUUGGCUAGAUUGUCUGAUGAACUAAAGCAAGAUAAGAAAACAUGGGAUUCUGUAGAUUUCAAAAUGGAUCAGAUGGUUGAAAAAUGGUGGGAACAAAUGAUGGGCGAAGAAGAUAUGCGGCAAGAAAGUAAAACCAAACUCGGUAUUCUUGAAAAGGAAAAGCGAGCCACUGCCAUGCGUCAAAUAGCAGAAGCUCGAAAAGCAUUUGCUGAUCACCAGAUUCAUACGACAGAACAACAUAUAGCCAGUAUAUCUCGUGCCAUUGGUCAUAAUCGUCGAUCCCAAGCUCAAGCUCGUGAGCAAGAGGAGAUUGAUGCAGCAUUUAAAGAUAUUGAACGCGAGUGGAUGCGACGGAGGGAUGAGAUGGUGCAUAUGCGUGGAGAGUUGGAAGCAGUUCAACGAGGAAGAGUUGAGAAACUUGUUAGACAUGUAGAGGACACUACGAUCCAUCAAUAAAACCGACGUUUUUUGAUCG